CUCGUGGGUAAGGUACCUUGACGCUCGAGGCAGUAAAAAUAAUAAUUACCUUAAUAUCACUCAGUUCUUUGAAUCCAAAAGAUCCACUUUUCCUCAACAGUUUCCCUGAUCCUCACCACCAUAUCCUCGCUUGACCACCUCACACCCCGGUGAUUCAGGGCCGUCGUUCCAAAAUCUUUUUCUUUCCAAGGCGUUGACUGCCACUUUUACCCCUCACGCAGGACCGUUGCGAGCGCGAGUACGGAUUGCGGGGAAGUGUGCCUCGAUAGUGCCUUUCCUCUAGCGUACCGGCCAGUAGAGGAAUGGAUCUACAGCACACCAUCUACUUACCGCAACUUAUUAGCUUUCUUUCUAACGGUCCAACCUAUCCCCUCAAGCCGAGGCUCCUCUAGCGUCAGGCACCAAAAGCUUUUCACAUGCCCGUUGGAGUACGGUUGACGACGGCUUCGCAGUGUUUUCGUCGACUGCUUUCUUGCGCCUUUCCACUCUGCUCUCUCUUCGACUCAUCAACUACUGGAUGCGCGUAAGAGGGAGCGCUAGACAUUCUCAGUACCACCUUUCACCAUCCGCCAGACCGCCAGGUGACCACUGGCGUUCUCGGCCAUUGCCAUCCCCCCCCCACGGCAAGGGCUGGGCGAGUGGGAGGUUUUCAUACCCAACCCCCAGAAUCUCGCGGUACCACCCAAGCCUCCAAUGGCUGUUGGCGCAGGACCCCAGACUUCAUGUCUUGGCCUAACAAUCAUUUGUUUCCUGGACUGUACAUAGAAACCCAGAGCCGCUCAGAGUGAAACCCCAAAACAAGAUCACUGCGCCUCGGAGCGGUACCGCAACGGCAGUCCGCCCGAUGCUGCCCGCGGCCGCUUGCCCAUCCUGUACAUAUCUCCUUGAUGCCAGUCAGUCAGCUGGCUUGGUGGAGACCAUGCCGGCGUAUGUACAUGGGAGCUUUUUCUGGGGAAGCCCUGCCAUGUCACGGUGACCCACGAUGGUGGAGUGCAGCAAGGCGGGUACAAGCUCUUGUCGUUGAGAUUACAGGUGGACACAAACUCCGUGGCUGUUGAACAAGAUGGAAUAGCAAAAGAGCUAUAUAGAUCUCGUCCCUCGCCGCCCUCCUUGGGUAUGAGGACUCGUCAGCCAGGGAAUCUCAUCCAUCUUCCUCUCACCCCUUCCUGUUCCCUCUUCUUGUCCGGCAAACGCCAUGAAGGGCGUCGCCACUCUCGUUGCCGCCGCGGCCCUCGUUGGCCAGGCCCUCGCUGCCCCCCCUGAGCCUCCCACUCAGAUUUUGGAGAAGAGAGCCAGGCCCACUGUCUCGAUUGCUCAGGGCAAUGUUGUCGGUGUCAGCCGCAUCAACACGGAAGCCUUCAAUGGCAUUCCCUUCGCCCAAGCUCCCGUUGGUCCUCUCCGCCUGAAGCCUCCCGUCAGAACGACCGCUUCGUUCGGCACAUACGACGCUGGCGGCAUCGCCGCUGCCUGCCCUCAGUUCUUGGCCGAUACCGACUCGGAAGAUCUGCUCGCCAAAGUCAUUGACACGGUUGCCAACACUGCCCUGUUUCAAAAGGCACUCAAGAUCAGUGAGGACUGCUUGAACAUCAACGUAAUCCGCCCAGCUGGCACCAAAGCCGGCGAUAAGUUGCCAGUCCUGUUUUGGAUCUACGGUGGUGGUUUCGAGCUUGGAUGGAGCUCCAUGUAUGACGGAGGCCCGCUUGUCUCCAAUGCCAUGGCCGCCGGCAAGCCCUACGUGUUUGUUGCUGUCAACUAUCGUGUGGGCGCCUUUGGCUUCAUGCCCGGCAAGGAAGUCCUCCAGGACGGCUCUGCCAACCUUGGCCAUCUUGACCAGCGCAUGGGUCUUGAGUGGGUCGCCGACAACAUUGCUGCGUUUGGCGGUGACCCAGAUAAGGUCACCAUCUGGGGCGAGUCGGCCGGUGCCAUUUCUGUGUGGAACCAGAUGUCUCUCUACGACGGCAACAUCAACUACAAGGGCAAGCCCCUGUUCCGCGGUGCCAUCAUGAACUCGGGCAGCAUUGUCCCUGCUGACCCCGUCGACUGCCCCAAGGGCCAGGAGAUCUACGACACUGUGGUUGCCCGUUCCGGUUGCGGCGGUGCUGCUGACACCCUCAACUGCCUGCGCAACUUGCCCUACGAGACUUUCCUCGAGACCGCCAACUCUGUCCCGGCUAUCCUCUCCUACAGCUCGGUGGCUCUUUCUUACCUGCCUCGCCCUGACGGUGUUGCUCUGACUGACAGCGCCGACCGUCUUGUCAAGGCUGGCAAGUACGCCGCCGUGCCCAUGAUCAUCGGCGACCAAGAAGACGAGGGCACCCUCUUCUCGCUUUUCCAGAAGAAUGUCACCACCACCAGCCGCCUCGAAGACUACCUCAGGGGAUACUUCUUCCACGGCGCCACCGCGCAACAGGUCAAGGGCCUGGUCAGCCAGUACUCGCCCCUGAUCUCAGCCGGCUCACCCUUUGGUUCCGGCCUCUUCAAUGAGAUCUACCCCGGCUUCAAGCGCCUGGCUGCUCUCCUCGGCGACAUCGUCUUCACGCUCACCCGCCGUGUGUUCAUCGAGUACGCCAUCGCCGCCAACCCCAACGUCCCCGUUUGGUCCUACCUGGCCAGCUACAACGAGGGCACCCCCAUCCUGGGCACUUUCCACGGCAGCGACUUGCUGCAGGUCUUUUAUGGCAUCCUGCCCAACUACGCGAGCAAGAGCAUCCAGAACUUUUAUGCCAACUUUGUCUACAACCUCGACCCCAACGACGCGUCGGGCGGCACGAGCGCCAAGAGCAAGGUGAAGGAGAACUGGCCAACGUGGAACACCGAGGACAAGAGGCUCAUUCAGUUCUUCAACAACCGGAACGGGUAUCUGAAGGAUGAUUUCCGUGAGGGGGCCAAGCAGUACAUUGCUGCGAAUAUUGAUGCUCUGCAUAUUUGAGGGAGCUGGCUUUGAAGGAGUUGAUUUUUUUUUUUUUUUUGGGGGCGUUUUUUUUUCCUUUUUUUUUUCCCCCUUGACAUCAUUCAUGGAAACGAAUGUCAUCACUAUCUAUGGGUGGCCGGAUGGAAUUGCGACGGAGGAUUAGGGGAAGAGAAAGGAGGCGGUAAUAUGAUCAGGCCACGCUUUGGGAUAGGAUAAUCUUAGCCGUGAGUCUGCUGCUGGGAUUCAUAUCUCGGCAGGAGCAGA